AUGUCCACAGACGCGGAAAAAGAUAGGUUUUACGAGAGUUACGAACAAAUUAGACAAUUUGUCAUCGAUGGAACGCUCUUGGACGGAGAUGCACUAUUAGGACUCUGCGAUCUCUUUUACAACUACAAAACUUUAAAAGUGGUGAAGACGACCAUAGAUAAAGAAAAGUGUAUAGAACUUUUGGCUCAGACGACCAAACAGGCGAACUUAGAAGUGAAGAAACAAGCGCUGAAACAGUGUAAACAAAAAGCGAGAGAAUUGGCAAAGUAUCUCAUUUCUCUUCAUCUGCCGGACGACGCAAGCGACGAUGAGUUAUAAAGAAAGAUUGGACAAGAUAGAUCUGUACAACAGUAACAAAAUCAAGGAGUACGUUUACUUGGACGGAAACGAUUUGGAUCGUUUGAAAAGUUCUAUCAAGAUGCAACAGAGUGGUAAAGGGAUGAAUCAUGCCGACACCAAAUAUGCAAAUGUUGGAUCUCGCAAAGUCACUCAAGGAAUAACGGGAGUGGACAUGGAAGAUGACGAAAACGCACCCAUAAUGGCGGCUCACAAGAAAUACAGAGGGUUGGGAAAAGACGACUUAUUAAAAGCAAUCUAUCGUCUCAGAACUCUAAACGUCUAUUUCAAAAACCUUCGAAAGGGAAAAAACAAUCCCGAAAAACUGAAACAAUCGGACAUAGUGCGACAGAUACGAGCUUUAACGAAAAAAUACGGAAAAGAGAUUCUGGGUCUGGGAAUAAGUAUCACAGAUGCCGCCAAUAUCUUUCCAGGCAUGCAGAGAAUAGUGGAUGCUGCCAAGCCCCUAAUACAAGGGGGAAGAGCGAUUCCUGUACAUCAGUCUCUACCGAGUAGUGGUAGCAUUGCUAGAAGUCUUAGUACUGGUUAUGACAGUGUACAUUCGCGAGCACUAAGUGAAAGAUCUUUUGAGUCUAUGGGACUGGACGAUAUUAGAAGAUAUAUUAACGAUCAAAACGAAUUGAGACGAUAUGGCUAUGGGAUGGCAGCCCCUUCUGUUUCUUCAACCGGUUCUUCAAGUGGAUCGAAUCCAACUCAUACAUCAACCGCUCACGACAGCGAUGAAGAAUCUGACGGAAGUUGGGGCACUACCUGGGGGAGCGACUCGGAAGAAGGGUCAACUGGAGAUGAAAAUGUUAUACCACAGUCACUGGUAUACACGCCGCCAGAAAGUGAAGGAAGUGAAGUUUCUUUUCAUCCGAGAUGGGAACAUAGUCCAGUCUAUCAGCCACCUCAAACCGGAAGAGGAAAGAGAAAAGGGAGGGGAAAA